AUGGCUUCUUCAACGCCAGAAAUCCCGUGCAUUCUGCCACGUCUUCCCCAAGAAUUAAUCAAUGCCAUUUCUCAGUAUCUUGAUGGCAGCGAUCUCAAGGCACUGCGUGAAACAUGCUUAGCAAUGGCACAAGCGAUACCACUCCAUUUCGAUCGUGUCUUCAUUUCCGCAAAUUCCCUCAACAUCCAAGUCUUCAACGCAAUUGCCGACCACGAGACUUUUCGCCAUCAAGUCACUGAGAUCAUCUGGGACGAUGCUCGUUUAUUUACUGGACCGGAGAUGUGGCAAUACAACAAUGAAUGGAAGUAUUACGAUUGGGAACCAGAUCAGAUUGUAACUGAGAAUGGGUGUCCGAUGUGGUUUCAGAAAGGAUCAAGUACAUCUGAUAAAGAAUGGUGGGACAACUACAACGUUCCUGUGGCUGACAAUCAUAUGGGACUGUCAGAGUGCUGGGAAUAUUACAAGCCGUUGUUGGAAGACCAAAAGUACGUUCUGGCAACUAAUGCUGAUAUUGAAGCUUUCAAACAUGGUCUCCGGCGUUUCACAUCCUUGAAACGAGUCAGCAUCACGCCUGCGACUCACGGGAGGCAUUACCACCCACUAUACAGGACUCCUAUGAUCAGGGCGUUUCCUCCAGGCUUCGACUACCCAAUCCCAAAGGCAUGGCCUACUGCCCCAAUGGAUGAUGCAGGGGAAUGGCAGGACGACUUUUCAUGGAUAUCUGAGGAAGGAGAUGCCCAGUAUCAGUGGUUUUACGGCACCCACUGUACCGAUGAGAAGUACAAAGAGAAGUGGCGGGGCUACCAACUUGUCAGCCGAGCCUUGGUUGAAUGUGAGAACCAAGUCACAGAGCUCAAGAUUGGAGGGCAUGAGAUCAUGUCUGGAUUGAAUUGUCGUAUCUUUGAUCAAUCCUGCGCUGAAUACGACAAUUUCUGCACUCUUCUGAGCCGUCCAGGCUUCCGAUACGUCGACCUCCAUCUGUUCACUGGUGUGAUCGAGCGUGAAGACUGGGUAACAUACAAGACAGGACUUUUGGGAGACGCUUUGGCUCAAGCUAAAGAUAUAGAGCAUUUAUCUGUGCGUGCUACUACCGACAUUAAAGAUGCAUUCCCUCAGCAACUCGAUCCAGGAGACCUCGAAAAGCCUCUAUUUCCCCUACGGGCUGUAUUUCCGAUCGAUCACUGGCCGCGACUUCAGCACUUCGGUAUCUCAAACUUUCUGGUAGAGCUAGACGACUUAAUCGAUGUUCUAUCCUGUUUGCCACCCACAUUGCGCUGCGUCGAGCUAAUCAGCUUGGCCUUUCGAAAUCCGGAACACGGCUAUGACGAUCUCGUUCGCCAGAUGCGUGAUAAUCUGGAUUGGCGCUUACGCCCCGCGGAAGAGAGGCCGAAGGUACAUAUGAUCUGUUGUGGGGAAGUCGGCUGCGUUGAAGAUGAAUUCAUUGAGGUAGAUGAUGCGGUGUGUUCUUAUUUGUAUGGAGAUGGUGAGAACCUGUUCGAACCUGAGUCGAGCCACGUCGCCAGGGGCCGAGGAGCUUUUCGGAGAGAUCCAUUGGAUCCGGACUUCCGAACUCCUUUCUAG